AUGCAGGGCGCGUUCACGUGGGCGUGGGUCAAGGCCCUCGUCGCCGGGCACCUGGACCCGCCGACCCGGCAGCUCCACGCCGCGCUGCACAGCAUCCUCGCGGACCUGCAGCAGCGGUUCUCGUGGAUGGACCAGACGCCCGUGGUGCAGCUGUCCACGGCCGCGAAGCUGCGCGAGGCGCUGAAGGAGGAGAGCCGUCGAGGCCUGCGGGCGGGCAUCCCGCGGCAGCCCCUGCCGCAGAACCACCAGCGGAGGCGGGCGCUGCUCGUGGGGGUCAGCUACGCCGAGUCGCACGCCCCGCUGAAGGGCUGCGUGAACGACGCCUGGAAUAUGCACUGCCUUCUCAGAAGCGUCUUCCAGUUCGGCGAGGACCAGGUGCAGCUGCUGGCCGACGGGGAAAACGGCCGGCCUCCCGAGCCAGGCCGCGCCCCCUCGCUGGAGCGCAUCAGGGAAGGGCUGCGCUGGCUCACGGAGGACGGCCGACCCGGCGACCAGCUGCUUUUCUGCUAUUGCGGGCACGGCGCCCAGCACCCGGCCAGCCCCGGGGCGGAGGCACACCAGGCCUACCUGGUCCCCUCCGACUUCGCGGCGGACCUCCCCGCCGGCUUCACGGGGCAACUGGACCAGCCGGUGCCAGCGGAGGCCCGCCGCGAGGGCUACAGGUUGCUGCCACUGCUGGAGCUGUGCUCGGUCAUAGCAGGCGUGCCCGCAGGGGUGACGAUGACGGUGGUCUUGGACUGCUCCUACCCGAUGCUGCCCGGGGUGGGCCCCACGAGGGACGAGCCGGUGUCGUUCUCCAAGGUGGAGCGAGGCCGGGUCGACUACAGGAAGCUGCAGGACUUCGUCAGCCGGCCCCGCUUCAUCGCCACCUGGCGCCGCUCUCGGUGCAGGGCGCGCCCGCGGAGUGCGGCACCGCGCCGGCGCACCCCGCGUGCGCCCUGCGCUGCUUCUCCGCCUGCGGCCUCAAGGAGUGGGAUGCCGAGCUCCCCCUGGAGGGCACCGUCCAGGGCACGUUCACGUGGGCGUUCAUCAAGGCCCUGGCCGCCAGCGAGUUCAAGUGCAGCGUGCACCAGCUCUGGGAGGCGAUCGUCGGCAUCACUGGCGGCCUCAAGCAGCACUUCAAGGGCGUGGAGCAGACUCCAGCGCUCGCGCUCUCGCAGUCAGCGGCGGCUUCGGACGCCGCCUUCGAGACGGCCCGCUGAGCGGCUCGCGCCCGGGGUGAGACUCCGGCCAGAAGUGGCCGCGCGUGCGCGCGUGUGCAAGGGGAAAACCUGUAUCUGGAGGUGUCGGGGGGAACCGCCCGUAGUCUUAGGUCGAGCACGUCCUGCUACAGGCGGAUUUUGGAAGACACCUAGAACCUCGCCAACUGAAAGACUUGCCGUACGAUGA